UCCCGGAGUGGCCGCUGCGCGUCCGCGAGUGUCCGCGCCUGCGAGCCCAGCUCUCGAGCGACCCGGCGAGGGAUGGCGGCCUUCGGCACUGCGGCCGCCGCGGCCGCGGCCCGGCUCCUGGUCGUGCUGCUGCUGCUGGGGCUCACGGCGCCCGCCGCCGCCCUGGCCGGCUACGUCGAGGCGCUGGCGGCCAAUGCCGGGACGGGCUUCGCCGUGGCCGAGCCCCAGAUCGCGAUGCUCUGCGGGAAGCUGAACAUGCACGUGAACAUCCAGACCGGCAAGUGGGAGCCGGACCCCUCGGGCACCAAGAGCUGCUUCGGCACCAAAGAGGAGGUGCUCCAGUACUGCCAGGAGAUGUACCCUGAGCUGCAGAUCACAAACGUGAUGGAAGCCAACCAGGCGGUCACUGUGGAGAACUGGUGUCGCCGGGACCGGAAGCAGUGCCUGAGCCACAUGGUGAUCCCCUUCAAGUGUCUGGUGGGUGAGUUUGUGAGCGACGUGCUGCUGGUGCCAGAGAAGUGUCAGUUCUUCCACAAGAAGCGGAUGGAGGUGUGCGAGAACCACCAGCAGUGGCACACUGUGGUCAAGGAGGCCUGCCUGACCCAGGGGAUGACCCUGUACAGCUACGGCAUGCUGCUGCCCUGCGGAGUGGACCAGUUCCACGGCACCGAGUUCGUGUGCUGCCCCCAGGCCAAGGUCAUGGCCUCCGCCGUGGUGAAGGAGACCGAGGAGGACGAGGAUGAUGAGGAUGAAGAUGACGAGGAGGAGGAGGAGGAAGAGGAGGACUAUGACCUUUACAAAAGUGAGUUUCCUACAGAAGUGGAUUUGGAAGACUUCACCGAAGCGGCUGUGGAGGAGGACGAUGACGAUGAGGAGGAGGAGGAGGAGGAGGAGGAAGAAGAGGUGGAGGAGGACGGGGAGGAGGAGGAGGUGGAGGACCGUGAGUACUACUACGACAGCUAUAAGGGAGACGACUACAAGGAGGAGCCCACGGAGCCCAGCCCGGUCCCGGCCAAGGAGGCGGCUCACGACGUCCAAGCUGUCUGCUCCCAGGAGGCCAUGACGGGGCCCUGCCGGGCCGUGAUGCCUCGCUGGUACUUCGACCUCGCCCAGGGCAAGUGCGUGCGCUUUAUUUAUGGCGGCUGCGGAGGCAACAGGAACAAUUUUGAGUCUGAGGACUCGUGUGUGGCUGUGUGUAAGACCAUGAUGCCCCCCACCCCGCUGCCCACCAGCGACGUGGACGUGUACUUCGAGACGUCCGCCGACGACAACGAGCACGCGCGCUUCCAGAAGGCCAAGGAGCAGCUGGAGAUCCGCCACCGCCACCGCAUGGACCGGGUGAAGAAGGAGUGGGAAGAGGCUGAGCUGCAGGCCAAGAACCUCCCCAAGGCCGAGAGACAGACCCUCAUCCAGCACUUCCAGGCCAUGGUGACAGCGCUGGAGAAGGAGGCGGCCAGCGAGGAGCAGCAGCUGGUGGAGACGCACCUGGCCCGCGUGGAGGCCAUGCUCAACGACCGACGUGGCAUGGCGCUGGAGAGCUACCUGGCGGCCCUGCAGUCCGACCCGCCGCGGCCGCACCGCAUCCUCCAGGCCCUGCGGCGCUACGUUCGUGCCGAGAACAAAGACCGCCUGCACACCAUCCGGCACUACCAGCACGUGUUGGCCGUGGACCCGGAGAAGGCGGCCCAGAUGAAGCCUCAGGUGAUGACCCACCUCCACGUGAUCGAGGAGCGGAGGAACCAGAGCCUGUCGCUGCUCUACAAGGUCCCUUCCGUCGCCCAGGAGAUCCAGGAGGAGAUAGAUGCCCUGCUGCAGGAGCAGCGUGCGGACGUGGACCAGUUCACGGCCUCCAUCUCCGAGACCCCCGUGGACGUGCGGGUGAGCUCCGAGGAGAGCGAGGAGCUGGCCGCCUUCCAGCCCUUCCAUCCCUUCCCGUCCCUGCCUGAGAGCGAAGACCCUCAGCCGGAGUCGUACCACCCCAUGAAGAAAGGCUCCGGUGCCGGCGAGCCAGCCGGGGGGCUGAUCGGGGCCGAGGAGAAAGUGAUCAACAGUAAGAAUAAAGUGGACGAGGACAUGGUCAUCGAUGAGACCCUGGACGUGAAGGAGAUGAUCUUCAAUGCCGAGCGCGUGGGUGGCCUGGUGGAGGAGCCGGAGGCGGCGGGGCCCCUGCGUGAGGACUUCAGCCUGAGCAGCAGUGCCCUCAUCGGCCUGCUGGUCAUCGCCGUGGCCAUCGCCACGGUCAUCGUCAUCAGCCUGGUGAUGCUGAGGAAGCGGCAGUACGGCACCAUCAGCCACGGCAUCGUGGAGGUGGACCCCAUGCUCACCCCCGAAGAACGUCACCUGAACAAGAUGCAGAACCACGGCUACGAGAACCCCACGUACAAGUACCUGGAGCAGAUGCAGAUCUGAGGGCCCCCCCGCCUCUCGCCCUCUCGAGCCCCCAGACCACCGAGACGGGGCACACCCACGGGUGCCACUUCCUUGCUCCCAGGCGGGCGGCCCGCGGCCAGCGCCCCUGCGUCCGGGACGGGCUGGACACCGGAGCGCGUGGCUGUAGUUCCCUUUUUUUAAAUUAAGCAGAUGUCCCUCUUCUCGGUCCUCACUCGCCCUCUGCAGCCCUGCUCCAGCCGCGGGCGUGGAAGCGAAGCCCCAGGCCCGUCCACCGUCCGUCCGGCUUUUAUUGGGGAGGGGGAGAGGGGGGCUGGGCGCGGCAGGGGGGCCACCCCCUUCCGUGAGCUUCCAGAGAAGUGACCGCCGGAAGCGCUCCCAGAGCACCUGAGCCCCGUCCCUAGAGCCCGCCUUGGGGCGUCCGGACCCCCUACUGCUCUGCCCCCCCAGCUUUCCCCGGCACGUGCUCCCCUCGGACAUGGGCUUGGCCUCCCCGCUGCCCACCUCCCGGCGCCCCUGCAGGAGGGACGGGAGCGACCUGGGAGGACCCCGCCAUCCACGCCCGCCCCGGCCCUCCGUGAUGCUUGUCUGGUGUGUGGAUACGCUCACAGCUCUUCUCUUUUUUUUAUCCAGAAGGUUCUGGUAACCUGUGGUAUUUCUUUCGAUUUUUGUUCCUUUGGUUUUGUCUGUCUUUUCCUUUUUUCUUUUUUCUGUUUCCCCGUGGCUGUCAUCCUUAGUUCUCUCCCUCCUCCCCUUAUCCAUGUCUCUUCCCACUAUGCACAGAUAAACUUCACCUACCAACUCCUUAAUCUGAUCUGUGGAGAAUGUACAGAGUUUAAACACAUCAAUAAAUAACUUCCACCAAGA